AUGGCCCUGUACAGCAUUGUUGAGUUCCCAGAUUACUCAGUAGGGAUUGUGAGCAGCAAAUGGCUUAAUGAGGACUCCUCCAUAACUCUGUGGCCACCUUAUACUGACCCUGGUAAACAGAAGGCAGCUUUGCUGAUGCAUGAAGUUCCUGGAGAGACUUGGAAAGCGCAUGAAAUCUGUGUUUUGGGCACAGCAGUGGAUUAUGCAAAGGCAAGAUAUAAAGCCAAAAUGGCAGAAACAAAUCUAAUUGUAGCCAGUGAACCUGAAGAAUUAGAUCGCAGUCAGCGGUCAAGACAACCUACCAAACGCUACAUUGAUCUUGAGCCUGAACCUGCUCCACUGAAACGGCAGAGACAAUCACAAACAGUCACAGCUGCAGUCGUACACCAGCCACCAGUUCCACCAUCACCCAUGGGUUUGCCACCUUCUGGUCAUAACUCUCUGGUUACUCUGUCUCCAAGCCACCUUCCACCUCCGAGUCGCCUUCAACCAGCGAGUCACCUUCCACCAGCGAGUCGCCUUCCACCAGCGAGUCACCUUCCACCAGCGAGUCACCUUCCACCAGCGAGUCACCUUCAACUUUCACCUGAGAUCCACCUUCCACUUGCAAGCCGUCCUUCACCUGCAGCCUUCCCCCUUCCUGUGAGGCACUCUCUAUCAGCAGGUAUUGAUAGAUAUUUAGUCAGUACACUAGAGGAGAUUAAGGACAGGCUGACUAUGCUGGAGAGAACAGUGGCAAAUAUCUCUCGAUCAAGCACAAAAGAGGUCACAUUGCCAGAUGACGUCAUAUUACCCCUCCAAAACUACCAGGACAUGGAUAUCUUGGAGCAAAAAAUGGAAGAUCAUCAAUGUCGGAAAGACUUGACUGCCUAUCUAGGAACCAUUGGUGGGUGUAAUGUCCAGGUAGCAACUAGGAGAAUAUUGACAACAUUGAUUGGCCAUUCUUUAGCCACUCAAUUGAACUGGAAUGGCUCAAACCAAAAGAGACCUUUUCAGAACCUGAGUCUAAGGAGGGUUGUAACAGCGGAUGAAGCUCAAUGCGGAGAUCUUGAUAAUGGGCCCAAAUCACUGGUAUCACACAGUUCAGAGCUGACUUUGGAUGUUGAUGAUACUGCCAUGAAGCCCUCUCUCGCUGUUCUUAACCUUGGGGUGAUUUUGGAUACAUCACUCAUCUUUGAGGCUCAUGUUAAUUAA